GCGGGGCCUGGUGCUGACAAAAACAAAGGGCGGACCAAUCAGCGAGCUCGAGGGGCGGUGCCUCAGCGGCUUUAUAAACGAUGUGUUCGAGUCUCUCCAGAUAAUUUUCUUCUUCUUCUUCUUCGACAACAACAACAGAUUCACACAGGACGCCACGAUGCUGCCCCUCCUGGUGUUGACCGCCUGUCUGAGCUCGGUCCUCUCCGCCCCGGUUCUGGACGCCCAGCUGAACGAGCACUGGGAUCUGUGGAAGAGCUGGCACAGUAAGAAAUACCACGAGAAGGAGGAAGGCUGGAGGAGGAUGGUCUGGGAGAAGAACCUGCAGAAGAUUGAGCUGCACAACCUGGAGCACUCCAUGGGCACACACUCCUUCCGCCUGGGCAUGAACCACUUCGGAGACAUGACCCACGAGGAGUUCAGGCAGAUCAUGAACGGCUACAAGCUCAAAACGCAGAGGAAGUUCACGGGCUCCCUGUUCAUGGAGCCCAACUUCAUGACGGCCCCGUCUGCUGUGGACUGGAGGGAGAAGGGCUACGUCACCCCCGUCAAGGACCAGGGUCAGUGCGGCUCCUGCUGGGCGUUCAGCACCACCGGCGCUCUGGAGGGUCAACAGUUCAGGAAGACCGGCAAACUGGUGUCGCUGAGUGAACAGAACCUGGUGGACUGCUCCAGGCCCGAGGGCAACGAGGGCUGCGGCGGCGGCCUGAUGGACCAGGCCUUCCAGUACGUCACUGACAACCAGGGCCUGGACUCUGAAGACUCCUACCCGUACACGGGGACGGACGACCAACCGUGUCACUACGACCCCCUGUACAACUCGGCCAACGACACCGGCUUUGUCGACGUCCCCAGCGGCAAGGAGCACGCUCUGAUGAAGGCCGUGGCGUCUGUGGGUCCAGUGUCUGUGGCCAUUGACGCCGGACACGAAUCCUUCCAGUUCUACCAAUCAGGAAUCUACUACGAGAAGGAGUGCAGCAGCGAGGAGCUGGACCACGGCGUGCUGGCGGUGGGUUAUGGUUUCGAGGGAGAAGAUAAAAUGGGCAAGAAAUUCUGGAUUGUCAAGAACAGCUGGGGCGAGAAGUGGGGAGACAAAGGCUACAUCUACAUGGCCAAAGACAGGAAGAACCACUGUGGCAUUGCGACGGCCGCCAGUUACCCUCUGGUCUAACGUCAGCACAGCUCCGCCUCUUAGAGUUUUUAUUGCAAUAGUUCGACCGGAGUCGAGCGACGCGGCUCCCGUCCGAGCGACGCGUUUACGUUUUAUGAGAAGAAACACCGUUUUUUGUUUUUUUUAGGAAAAUGGCGCCAUUUUGUUUUUGGCUGAUCUAAUGCAACUUUAAUUUGUUUUGAAAAAAGAUUUUAGUUCAGUGUUUUAUUCUUUGUAAAUAUGUGUAUGCUGCCAGCUGAGUGAUACAACCAACACUUGCUUCUGUCAUUGUAAAUGAUUUUUUCUACUUUUACUGUGAUCAAUUAAAGUUGUGAAACACUA